AUGGCCUACGUACCAUCGUCAGACGUUCCAUCCGCCUAUCUGAUUAGUUCCGGUGGCAUUCGUCCUGUGGAUGGUUUAUUCGUGAAAGCAGUGGGUCAUUGUCUUGCCAAAAUCGCCAGUGAGAUUAAAAUGGGGUCUAUUUGGUUCUCACUGAAGAGGGGAUCUGUGGAUAUUGAAGUAAACAACAAACAUCAAGAGUAUUUCGACUUAAACCUUAUUCGAAGAGAGGCUGAUGCUGACGCGGUGCUCUUGGAUCUCAUGGGGGCGUUCGUUCUUCUGGACGGUGGAGCUGAAGAAAUCCUGUUCACGAAACACGUUCGGCAAAUCGAUGCGAACGUCAUCAGCGCACCGACGAAAGCAGCUCUCAUAAAUGCUGUUGCGCUCAACAAGGAUGCCGUGGUUCCUCUCGUGGGUAACAUCCCAACAGUCAAAUCGCCCGGCUCGGCAGAUUCCGUCGCUAAACUUCUGAAGGACAUUGAGCGAACCACUGAAGGUCUACCUAUCACUCCAACACGAUUCCACCCGAAAUACGAACCUAUCGUCAUCAGCAAGUCUCUCCGUACCGGCCGUCUUGAAAUGUUUGUACUCUCUGGUGAUGCUAAGGAAAUUGAGACACUUCGAAUAGCUGUUGAGAAUGGUGACGAGCAAACCAUUGAAAGGGCUGCAUCCAAUAAUGGAACGAUAUCAGUACUGGUGUGGUUUCCUGCAAGACCGUCUGAUCCUAUUAAGAGGAUUUUGCACACGGGCACGGCGCCAUUGGCUCGUAUAGUGUUAGCACUAGAGAAAGCAAAAUCGUUACCGUUCUUGCACAGUCCACUUGUAUCAGCUGCUAAUGCCUACAAGGAGAAUGGUACACAUUCGAAAACUGCCAAUUCCAAGACCACUUUUCCACUACGAAGUGUACCACAAACUUCACUAGCUAAUGCUGCGAAAGCACCACCAUCAAAGCGUACGUCAGCUCCAUUGGCAGGCAGUAUUCCACCACGUGCUGGUGUGCCAACUCUUCCUAAGUCUUCUAAUGCGGCAUCACAACGUAUACCUAAACCAACGAAUCCGACAUUGGCAAACAAUCGUACACGAGUAACGGCUUUGGCUACAUCUACAACGAAACCCAGUGCGCCAGCGACCAGGACUGGAAGCGCACCAGCUAACAAAAAGACGAACACCAAUGAGGUCUCAGUUCAGAAGAUUGUAGGGACAUACGCCAAAAAUUCCCCCGUGUCCCGUGCGUCUCCUGUAGUUAAUAAAGCUGCUGAAACUAAAGAUGCUAAAACAUCGCCGUCAAGACCUGAAGAUGCCAAACCUCUUCUGCCUACACCGGAUUCUCAAUUAACUGCUGAAGCAAACCCAACGUCUACCUUUCCGAAAGCCUCGGCUGAAUUGGACGCUUCCGUAUACAUGCUUGACGAUGUAGUCCCAGAAAUCAACAUCGAUGCGCCACAAGAUCCCGUUUCUCCAGACAGUCGAACUCCAGUGGAAUUAGUAGUGAUUCCACCGACACCAGAACCAGUAUCGCAGUCAGUUCACUCUUCAGUGGAUGGUCUUCCACCAGGAGUAGUGGAAAAACCCACAGAUGAUAAAGAAAGCAUGGAUCGGCAGCCUCUUUUGGUGAGAAACGACGAUGACGGACGAAGCAGCAGUGAUGUUCUUUCGACAACCACAACGCCCGAUCCGGCCUUUUCUUUCGAUCACAACUCAGUUGAAGAACUUGAUGAUCAUCCAGAUAAUCAACUAUUAGAUUAUCAUGGACGCGAACGUAAUGAGUCGCCACAACUUAGCUCACCAGGCGCUUCAUUCAUCUCUUCAUCAGAUCAGAUCCCUUGCAUCGGAGCACCAUCAAAAGAUGUGUUGGCCUCAGAGUCGGCUCUGACACUUAAAGACGAUAAUAGCCUAAAAGUUGAACUCCCGACAGAACCUUCAAUUUCUCCAAAUGCGAAUGAUUCAUUACCUGUUUUACUUUCCAAUACGGACAGCAUGCCAGCAGAACGUUUUCCCACGCUGUCGUUAAUUGAAGAGGGCCGAGAUGUUGUUGUUGAAGGCGAUGUGCCUGAAGAAUUCAAGGGCCCUCACGUUCCCCAAGUAGUUGGAGAAAAUGGACUGCUGGAUGAUUUGGAGGAUCCUCCAAGACUGAAGAAGAUUAGUAUGGACACUGAUAAUUUAAAAAAGGGAUUGGAGAAUGAAGAGUGCAAGAGUGCUUCAGAAGAGUAUACGGAAGCAGUGCGCAAAUUGAGCCAACAAAUGAUUAACGAUGCAUCAACUCCCCUUGCUUCGGCUCUAGCUUCUUCACUUAUUGAUGGGGUUGCUGGUUCAACAUUGGAGUACGUAGUUGAUCAAACCAGCAAGGGUUUGGACGCUGUUGUUGAAGAAGUGAAGGAUGUCUCCAAACAACUGGAUGAGAAAAUGUUGGCUAUGCAGAAUCGCUCGAAUCUUAUCGAAGAUGACGAUGCUAACCAUGUUGUGAAAUACGAAGAGACAGAUCCGAUUAUUGAUUCCGUUCUCGAGACCGUAGCAAGCGACUCAGAGAGAGUCGAUCUCGCCCUAAGCAAUGCCCCAUCGGUUCCACACUUGUCUCGACCACUCUUCUUUGAACUGGUAACUGUACCUCACUUCAGUGGAAAGUGCAGUAUUACUGAUGAGCAAAGUGCGAUUGAGUACUUCACAAACAUCAGGUCAAGCAAUUACAUUUUGCACACCGGAGACAUAUCUCCAACUGUGCUUGAUGGAUGGCUUGCGGGCAAAAAGCAUUGGUUGAACAGUGGCCAGAAAAGCCGCUUGAUUCCAACACAACAUCACAGUGCGCUGCAAGCAUUCGUGACUGCAAACGCGUCGCAAAUGGAGGAAUGUGGCCUUGUGGUGAACUCUGCUCUCGAUUGCAACACGAUUUCUUUAAACACGGAAGACGGACGGAUUGAUUAUAAGAUGAUUAAGAUUGAACUUUAG